AUUCAUUAUUAGCUCUAUCAAUUAUUGUACAAUAAUUCAAAUACAGUUUCAUCAUUUUAGAUUUUCAUUGAAUUCUUGUUUUAUUUUAAUUUUAAAGUAUAAUAAUAGUGAACUACCUCUUAGGUGAUGAAAGUGAUGUUAAGUUGUACUCAUUUUGUGUUUAUGCUUGUAUCUAGAUCUUCAAUUCAAUUUGUGUAUAUAAUUAAUCAGUAUCUACCUAAAUAAAUAUGUCUUGUUCAAAAUCAAGUUCAAGUGAAGAAAAUGACGCAGUCAACCCAGGAGAAUCAGGCAAUAUAAGAUGAUUUCAUAAGGGCAAAACAAAAAUUAAAGAUGGCUGAAGUAAUGUCAACUUCUGAAGACUUAAACUCUGAAAGUGAUGCUCAACAAGGCAAACUUAAACGUCGUAUGCUUGCAAAAAAAAAAUCACUCCAUGAUAACACACCCACAUACAUUAAAAGCGUUGUUAAACAUAAACGAAAGCCAGAAGAUUUAACUCCACCUUUUCCAUAUAAUCCAUUUAAGAAAAACGAUUUACCAAAUUCAAAGGUUGAAAGUAGUUCAAAAAAUGUCAAGAAAAUGUCAAAAUUGUCUGUAACUUCAGAUACUGAAAAUGAUUUCAGUUUUUUGAAAGACUGUGAAUUAAAAACUGAUGAACUAAUAUCUCAACCUUUGUCACCAACUGUUAUUUCAUCUGAAGCAUUAAACUUCGAUAAUUUAGGGUUCAAUAAAAACAAUAACACAACUGAGCUAUCUGCCAUUGUUUCUCCAUUGGGAAAAUCUCCAAAUGCAAAAUUUUCCAAUGAACAAUUAUUGAUUUCACGCCGUAAACUUUCCUAUGAUUUAGCACCAAUGUCAGAAUUAUUCAAAUCACCAUCUCAAGGUGUAGUGUCUACUCCAAAAUCAACCAACAAACAACAUGAAGUAAAUUAUGAAAAAUUAAUGACUUACAUUACAACUACUUUACCUGAGAUAAAUGUUAAACUAAACAAGGUUUUAUUAAAUCAAUCAAAAAUAGAAAAAAUGUUAAUUGACUUGAAAAACGCUCAGCCAGUAUUAGAUGAUAGCAAUAUAGAGGACAAUAAUAUUCUUGAGUAUUUUCCUAUUACCACUAUGGAAAAAUUAGAUUCGUUUAAUCUGGAGUUACAAAAUGAUCGUGAACUCUUAAAAAGAUUUAAACAUACAAUAAAACCAUACGGAGUUACUUGUGUUUUGCAAGCUGUCAAAGCAAUACUAGAUUUAAUUUUAACAAAUGAAUUGGGUCAAAAGAUUUCUCUUACUGGACGAGGAAUAAACAACAUACAAGAAAAAAAGGCUUUUAAAUCCUUAUACUUGUACAAAAUUAUGUCAAGUCUAUUGGUUCGACAUAUAAAGGAUGCAACAAUCUUAGAUGUUAACAAAGCUAUAACUGGAUGGCUAAAACAUGCAGGUGAUAGGCAUGAGAGAAGAAAGCAAAAAAUAUGCCAAACUAUUGAUAAUGAUCAAUUGUUCAAUGAUUCAGAUUAA